AUGGGAACAAUUACUAUAGGGAAUUGUUAAUGUCAAUGUUACAUCAAUUAUGUGUCUUGCGAUUGCUCUUGUGACCAAAAUGAAAUCCGUACUAUCAGAAGCAAUAGAUUCACAGAACAAUCAUCCAGGAAUCGUUCCAAGAAAAGAUCUCCAGGAGAAUCAACAGAUCGACAAUCUAAGUUUUCAUCCACCCAGAAACCAACCAGUAGAAGCAAAUCAUCCAACUCUGACAAAUCCAUAUAUCUGUUAUCAGAUUAUUGCAAUAUCACAACUGAAUCACAAAAACAAAGAAGGAAGUCCAAACCCCAUAAAUCCUUCAUCAAGUCCAGAUCGUUAUACAUUUUUGAAGUUGAUUCCAAUAAGAACCUCUCCAAUAAUGUAGAAUAGAGUUCGGCUCCUCUUUCCUUGUCCGAUAUCGGAACUGUUAACAGACCCAAAAUGCAGAGCAUGGGUACAGAACCUCCUAAAAAAUCAACAGAGCAGAAAAAAUACGUCAAGUGGAAUCUUCCGCAACACUAUCUCAGAGAAAAUAAACAAAAUUAGUAGGAAUUUUAUUCGUGA